UCCCUCUUCUCCAUUUUUACCCAAAACCCCCUUCACACUGCAGCCCUUCCCCACCUUUCUCACGGCCUGAUUUGUUUCUCAGGCCCGUCUCCUUCCUCCCCCCACCUUUUCUGACACGCGGCCCGUCAAGGCCCUCGGGCCCAUCCAUUUGUGGGCACCGUCAGCCAUCCAUAAACGAGAAGCCCCAGCAACAAGAAAAGCGAAGAAACCCAACGAAGCCCAUUCCAACCUCAUGGUUCUGGCGACCCGACUCCUCCGCCAUCUCCGCCGUCGCCGCCUCUUCCCUCCUGUCCCUCCGCCCUUCCAUCGCUCCAACCCCCACCAAAACCAUAGCCCCUUCUCCUAUUCCGACCACGCCACACACUCUUCAACCUCCUCCAAUCCCAAAAUCCAAUCUUUCUACGCUAAAAUCCCCUCCCGCUCCUUCUCAUGGCACGCCUGGACCGGCGGCACAUCAGAUGACAUCGGUGGAUCCGCCUCCGGCAGCGGUGCCGGAGGUGACAGCCUCAUUGGGAACUCCAAAGAGGGACUGGAGUUCAGCCCUGCGGAUGGCUCCGAAACUGGAGCAGGGAUCUCGAGUCUCGGGUCGGAUGGCUCGGGGAUGAUGGAGGAAACGGUUGAAGAGAGCGUGUGGUAUUAUCCAGUCCUCUCUGUGAUUACUCUGCUUGAUGGGUACCAUGAUCUCACUGGUCUUCCCUGGUGGUUAAUAAUCUCCACAUCUACGUUGGCCCUGAGGGUGUCCCUACUUCCUGUGCUUAUUUUGCAACUUAAGAAGGCUGGAGAAAUUGCAAAAUUAUUCCCAAAAUUGCCUCCUCCAUUUCCACCACCCCUAUCAGGAAGGAGUUUUCAAGACCAUUUUCUGCUAUUUCAAAAGAAAAGACGGGAGCUUGGGUGCCCCUCAUUUUUGUGGAACUUUGCAUUCUUUACUGUCCAGGUCCCUAGUUUUUUAUUGUGGAUGACUAGCAUUCGGAGGAUGUGUCUGGAUAGUCACCCUGGGCUUGAUAGUGGUGGCACACUGUGGUUCCAAAAUUUGACUGAUUUCCCACACGGUAUUUUAGGUCCUAUCUUUCCUAUCCUGAUUGCAGGCUUGCAUUAUAUUAAUGUUCAGAUUUCUUUCCAGACAUUUAAGUUUGAGAACUAUCGUGGAAUUUUAGGCCUACUGGUAAAAUACUACAAAUUAUAUCUGGAUAUUCUCGCCAUCCCUUUACUUCUUAUUGGAUUUCACAUUCCUCAGGGGAGUUUGGUAUAUUGGGUAACUAACAGCUCAUUUACUUUAGUUCAGCAAUUAUCCUUCAGAAAUCCGUACAUCCGGAUGAAGUUGGGAUUGCCAGAACAAAAGGUUCAGAUGAGGGAUAAAAUUUCUAGCGAGAAUGUUUUGCAUGAGAAGAGUGGUCUAUUGGAGCAUGCAAUCUCUGCAGAAACUUCAUCUCCUGAGAAAUUGCUUGAUCUUGCUCUUGAUAACUUGGCAGCAGGCCAGCAAGAUAAGGCUCUUCCAUUGCUACGAAUGGCAACUGACAAGAAUCCUGAACUGGUGAGAGCUUGGAUAGCAAUGGGGCAAAUUCUGUGCUCUAAAGGAUUAUUUUUGGAAGCAGCUGAACAUUUUGAACGUGCAAUCUCAAAGAUUCAAGAGGAGGAGGAUGCUCUUCGAGUUCUUGCAUAUUUCGGGGCAGGUGUUUCACAUAUAUGGCAGGGAGAUAAAUCAAUGGGGAUCGAGCACUUGAAAAGACUAGCAGAGUUGAAGGAGCCAGAUGGCCCUAUGGACAAAGCCUGCUACUAUAGAGGAUUGGUGAUGUUAGGAAGCACUCUAUUUCAAGAAGGCGAGAAGUCCGAAGCUUCUAAGUACCUGCGAGUUGCUGCAGCCUAUGAUCCUGCAGUUGAUCGUUACGUGAAAGAAUGUGAAGAGGCAUGAGUGAUCUGCAGAAGUCAUUGACAGAUACUUGUUCGAGGUUUGUAUCAAUACUAAGGGGAUUGGGACUAUUUAUGAUCAAUUUUGCUAUUGCAUACAAGGCAUGAAAAGGAGCCAAACAUGCGUAUCUGCAUCAUUAUUAUUGAUGGUGUUAAGGAGCUGUUCAAACUAUCAAGGUGCUGCUCGGCAGAUUUGAGCUAUCGCUGUUCAUGAACCAUUGUGUGAAAGUUUUAUUUAUUCUUUUGAUUGCUUUCUGUAUAUACAACAUGGUUUCAUGUGUUGGGCCUGUCCUCAUUGGAUGGCUAUCCUGUAUUGUUUCAAGUGAUGCUAACUGCAAUUAUGUCCUAACAUGCAUUGUCAUGAUUACAAACAGAAUGUUGCAACAGAUAACUUUUUUUUUGUGGAGAUAAUAUGAAAGAAGAGAGGCACUUCCCCAACGUAAA